UCCAUCAUGCACCGCAAGCAAGAUAAUAACAACGAUGAUAGUGAUCCUUUGAUCAAGAACCAUCCAAAUUCACUUGUGCCAUCUUUUGAACUUCAAAUCUUCAGAGAAAAUCCGAAAGCUGAUCUCUCAGGAGUUAUCACGACAUUAUCAGACUCACUAUUUGUAGUGAUUAAAAAGUCACACCAUGUUGGCCGAACACUGCCUUUAUCUUGAAAAUAAAGAUGGUCAUUGAUCUUGACGGUCAUGGUUCGACCGCAGACACUCCAAUGCUCAAGUGAUGGAGUGGUUGGCUAGGUAGAUCAUGGCAGCUAGUCCUCUAUAUAUAGUACUAUAGUAGUAGCAUCUAAAUGUCAGAAAGUAGUGAUAUGCGGGACAAACAUCGUUAUAAGUUGUCCAAGGGGUAAGGCAUAGCCAUAGUCAUCUUGCUCUUCACCUAUCUGAAUUGUGAUGGAAACCUCAAAAAAUGCACAAACAUGUUCUUCUACCAUAUUUGAUGUCCUACCUGUGGAGAUGGGUUUGGGAGGUAGACAGUUGUACCAGUGGGAAGACUUCUGGUAUACAAAUCUAUAUCUUCCGCAAUGUCUAGCUGCGAGAUCAUACUUCCAAGCUCAUGAAGAUGAUGUGAUUAUAGCUUCUUCAAUGAAGACUGGGACUACCUGGCUCAAGGCUCUUAUAUGGUGCAUCAUGCACUGCAAGCCUCAACACGAUGACAAUAACAACGAUGAUGACGCUUUGGUAAAAAACAAUCCCCAUCUCCUUAUGCCAGUGCUAGAAUUAAAAUUUUUUGGAGAAUAUCCGAAAGCUGAUAUCUCAGGUAUGCCAUCUCCUAGACUAUUGCAAACCCAUGUACCAUACAUGAUGUUAUCAGAUUCUGUCAAGGAAUCUAACUGCAAAAUUGUGUAUAUCACUAGAGAUCCUAAGGAUGUAUUUGUGUCAUUGUGGCACUUCUACAAUGCAAAUCAUGCAAAACCAGAACAAGGGCCGGAUCCUUUAGAUGAAGCCUUUGACAAGUAUUGCAAAGGUAUUCAUCCAAUUGGUCCUUUCCAUGAUCAUGUUCUGAGUUAUUGGAAGGAGAGUUUAAAGAGGCCUGGGAAGAUACUUUUCUUGAAAUAUGAAGAGCUGAAGAGAGACCCCAAAGGUCAGUUGCAGAAAUUGGCUUCUUUUCUAGGAAGGCCUAUUGCUGAGGAGGAUGUGAUUGACAAUAUAUUAUGGAGGUGCAGCUUGGAAAGGCUAAAGAAUUUGGAAGUGAACCAAAAUGGGUCGUUGGUUGGGUGUACCUAUAAAUCAUUUUUCAGGCUGGGCUCAGUUGGGGACUGGAAGAACUACUUAUCAAAGGAGAUGAAAGAUCGUCUUGACAACAUUACCCGGAUGAAGUUUGAGUCCUCUGGUUUAGAUCUUGAAAUUUCUUGAGCCUGAAAUUGAAAUGAUUUGUGUAUUUUGAUGUAAUUUCUUUGAAUUACUAUGAGGAAGAAUUGUGUGCUGUUUCUUUUUCGGUCGUCAAUGUUGCUGGAUUUGGUUUGCUGAGUCAUAGAAUUGUCAAUUGUGAUCAUGCAACAUAAUUGUAGGAAAAGUUUACAAUCCCCUUAUCUAUUUGGCAUCCACCACCACCAGAAUGUCCCUCACCUUAAGUCUGACAUCGGGUUAAAUUGUGUGGGCCGGGUGUUAUUUAUUGAAACUGUUUUGUGAUUCAGUUUCUAUUGAUAUGGAUGAAAUCUGAGUCUUCUUUGGAUUGA